AUGGUUGCCUUUGGGAAAAAGUUGAAAGAAAGACAAAUUCAAGAAUGGCAAGGAUAUUACAUAAACUACAAACUAAUGAAGAAACGAGUAAGGCAGUAUGCUCAGCAAAUUGAACAUGGAACACUAGAUCGGCGACACGUGCUGAAGGAUUUCUCAAGAACGCUAGAUAAUCAGGUCUGUUCUCGUUCUCACUUUCUUGUUACAAUUCAGAUUGAGAAGAUUGUCCUUUUCCUGUUGGAACAACAAGGGCAUUUGGCAAGUAGGAUAGAAAAGCUGGGAGAGCAGCAUGAUGCUAUUCAGCAGGAGCCUCAAAUAAGCAAAAGAUCUGAACUACGAGAGGCUUAUAGAGCAGUGGGGCAAGAUCUAUUAAAGCUUCUCUUUUUUGUAGAGAUCAAUGCUGUUGGUUUGCGUAAGAUAUUGAAGAAGUUUGAUAAACGCUUUGGCUAUAGAUUCACUGAUUACUAUGUUAAAACUCGCGCAAAUCAUCCUUACUCCCAGCUGCAACAAGUGUUCAAGCAUGUGGGAUUAGGGGCUGUUGUGGGAGCCUUAUCUCGCAACCUUCAUGAUCUUCAGGACAGUCAAGAAGGGAGUUACUUAUCAAUUUAUGAUCAGCCUACUCUUCCACUUCAGGAUCCUGUCAUUGAUUCAAUAAGAGCAGCAGUUGACAGGUUAACUCACUCAACCAACUUCCUUAACUUUUUGGGACAACAUGCACUCAUUAUGCAAGAGGAACUGUCUGCACCUGCUGAUGAGCCUGCUGAUGAUCAAAGAUACCAUUUUAUGUCUCUUCUCCUGAACUUGGCGAACACAUUUUUGUAUAUGGUCAAUACAUAUAUUAUUGUCCCAACAGCAGAUGAUUACUCUACGAGCCUUGGGGCUGCACCAACGGUUUGUGGUAUUGUGAUCGGGGCAAUGGCUGUUGCGCAGGUGUUUUCUUCAGUGUAUUUUAGUGCGUGGUCUAAUAAAUCAUACUUCAGACCUCUCGUAUUCAGUAGCAUAGUUCUUUUUCUCGGGAAUGCCUUGUAUGCCUUGGCAUAUGAUCUUCAUUCAAUAUGGAUUCUCUUAAUUGGUCGUCUUUGCUGUGGAUUUGGUUCUGCCAGAGCAGUUAACCGGAGAUAUAUCAGUGAUUGUGUGCCUUUAAAAAUCCGAUUGCAAGCAUCAGCAGGUUUUGUUAGUGCCAGCGCUCUUGGAAUGGCUUGUGGUCCUGCAUUAGCUGGUUUAUUGCAGACCAAUUUUAAGAUUUUCAAUCUUACAUUUAAUCAAGAUACCUUGCCAGGGUGGGUUAUGGCUGUUGCUUGGCUGAUGUAUCUAAUUUGGUUGUGGAUCAGUUUUAAGGAACCUAAUCGUGAAAUUGAAGAGAAUCAUACCAAUAAUGGUAUUUUGACUCAUUUUUUCUUCUUACUGGCAGAAAACGAUGCACUUGAAGAAGGCCUGAAACAACCAUUGCUGAUUAGUUCAGAAGAUAAGGUAGAUGAAGAUGCUGAUCAGGAUUAUGAUAGUGAAGAAGCUCCAGAGGAAUCUCGUCUCCCAGCCAAUUCAAUUGGAUCAGCAUAUAGACUGCUUACACCUUCUGUAAAGGUUCAGUUAUUGAUAUAUUUCAUGCUCAAAUAUGUAAUGGAGAUUCUACUAUCAGAAUCUAGCGUCAUCACAUCAUACUACUUCAACUGGACAACAAGCACAGUUGCCAUUUUUCUUGCUUGCCUUGGCUUGACAGUUCUUCCCGUAAACAUUAUUGUUGGAAACUAUAUAAGCAAUAUGUUUGAGGACAGGCAAAUUCUGUUGGCAUCAGAAAUUAUGGUUUUGGUAGGCAUACUCUUCAGCUUCCAUAUAAUUUUUCCAUACUCCGAGCCACAAUACAUCUGUUCGGGACUCCUUGUGUUUGUUGCUGCUGAAGUACUUGAAGGGAUCAACUUGUCACUCCUUUCACGAGUGAUGUCAUCAAGGCUUUCUCGCGGAACCUAUAACGGAGGACUUCUGUCAACGGAGGCUGGAACAAUUGCAAGAGUGAUUGCUGAUGCGACAAUUACCCUGGCUGGCUAUAUGGGUGUGAGUAGGCUACUUAAUAUCACCCUGCUUCCUUCGCUCUUCAUUUGCAUAGCUUCCAUCAUUGCAACCUGUUAUACCUUCAAUUCUUUAUAUUGA